AUGAUUCGCUCGCACAAUGCUCCCCAUCGUGCUAAUCGUUAUGUAGCUUUGUUGCUUCAAUCUUCUUCUCGCUAUGUCCGUCACGCUGCCAAACUUGCUGCUCUGCCCUCCAAUAGUCUUUUCGCUCCCCCUACAUCCAAGAAGAAGUCCAAGAAGAAGUUCAAAAAAUCCCUGCCACCAUUUGUGCCUAAGGAUUCGAAUGCUCCCCCAGACAGUAUAGCUAGAUUGGGCACCCCCACCGCUGACGCGAAAUUUCCGUUUCGUUCAAUUCAUUCCGUACUGUCUAGUACAAAAUCUGAGCAUGCCACCGAUAACAAAACGCAUCCAGAACGAUUGAACAUUCGGGACUUCCUCCUCAAGACUACUGUACCUCAAGGGCCUCCCAAACUGCCCUUCUACAAUCGGCGUGUUGAGAAUGUACUCCCUUCGCGUGACGACAUGCUUUUGCAAGAACUACAGCCUGUGUCAAGUGUUCAUCUGAUACCUAGACUAGAGCAUGGCCUCAAACGAGUGUUGACCAAUCCUGGGUAUCAUUGGCUUCAGGAGCCCAGGAGUGGAACAUUCAACUAUUUGUCGUGGCUACAGAAGGUGCCCGACGUUGAGACCUUUCCGUUCGAGCGUGUUACAGGGUUCACUACCAGCUCGCGUGACGACAAUUUGAUAAGCGUGACCAAAAGCGCAGGAUGCAGAUUCGCAGGAUCGACAUCCUCCCUGACAGGGAUGCUCAGUCAAAUAUAUCUCCUACUAUCGAACGAGAAGCCCAUCAAUCUCUCCACGCUGAGCGCGCACUUCCAGAAAGAGUCCAAACUAUUCACUCCAGGUCAACGGAUGCCUGUUUCUGUAACGCUGCGGUAUCGAAACGGCGUCUACGCCACCGACUCGGAUGCGGGCAAUUUCGGCGGCACGGAAACUAUCCUAUCGCGGUUGGGAGUAGUCUUAGAGAGAUUCCUUACCAUGCUACCAACUGAGUACACACAUACAUACCGGAAGAAUGCUCCAGUACCGCUGCCGCUCGAGAAGGUCAUACGGAAAGACGUGCAUCGAUAUUCCAAAUUCGGAGAUUUCGUCAUGCGUGCCCAGCUGGAUUGCCGCAGUCCUGCGCUCCCAGGAACUGGGAUAUUCGAUAUCAAGACUCGCGCAGCUGGGCCUAUCCGAUACGACCUUGCUAAUUACAAGGACUAUCUUGGUUAUGCCAUUCGUUAUACCCAUGGGCCUUGGGAGAGUUUUGAGAAAGAGUAUUACGACCUCAUCCGCUCAGCAUUCCUGAAGUACAGUUUUCAGGCGCGAAUAGGACACAUGGACGGCAUAUUCGUAGCUUACCAUAACACCGCUGAAAUAUUCGGCUUCCAGUAUAUCCCCCUUGAAGAGAUGGACCAGCGGCUCUUUGGGCAUGCCGCUGGAACUCGUGUAUUCAACAAAUGCAUCGGGUUAUUGGAGGCAAUUCAUGCCGAGAUUGUGAGCUACUUCCCGGAGCAGGACGUAAAUUGCACAUGGGAGACAGUCGGCGGGCAACUGAUGCACGUGUGGAUUGAGCCUGCACAGUGGUCCGCGGAAGAGAAGCCCAUCGUCCAGCUGAACAUCGAACUCACGCACUACCUGAACAACGAAGAGGUAUCAGGCCGCGUAGCUGUCGGCUCCAAGGACAGUAACUGGCUCGUCCACUACACAAUCGUCAAGUCCCCGCUCGCGCAGGACCUCGUUCGGCAGAAGCGGGCGUCCGCGUAUGAGAGGCAGCUGCUCAUCUACAAGUACAGCCUCGACGCGAACGAGAAAGUCGACCGCGGUACCGACAUCGAUCUGCAGCAGCUGGGCCCCGCAGCGCAGGGCGCAUCGUCGACUGCCACUGCGUCCAGCUCACGCGCCGUCCCCGAGCCCCCAAAGCCGUACUCUGUCCCCACGACGGACACGCGACCCAAAGCGCCGGCGCGGGUGUCGAGGGCGGAGACCAGGAGGCUGACCCGAGGCGUAGACAAGGACAAGCCGGCGCUCGAGCAACGAAUGUUUGUGGCGCAUCCGCGCCAGAUAUUGCUGCUCAAGGGCAGCCCUUUGCUUGUGCGCGAAACAGUGCUGGGUCCCAGACCGACGGACCAGUGGCGGCUGACGGAUGUUUCCAUGAGCAAGCUGGCGGCGCGGUUGCUGCUCAAGGGAGACCUGGCAGCCCUUGCAUCCCCACCGGUGGAUAUCGAGUCCAUAAAGCGGUUCUCGUGGAGUCCAGCCAACCGCUGA